AUGGUGGAUGGUGAUGAUCAUGUCCGUACAACCUCGUUCCCAGGUUCGUCUCCUACCCAUCCCCCAUUUCUUGCUCUGCAGGAACAGGUAGGAGGGAACACUGGGAACGAGGUUGACAUCUGUAAAGCAGGCCACAGUUUUUCAUAAAAUCUUAAGUUUGGAUUUAAGACCCAAACAAUGUCAAGAAGUCAGAGCAUUGCUUCAAGGCAGAGAUGUCCUUACUGUUUUACCCACUGAGUUCCGCAAAAGCUUGAUUUUUAAAGACUUCUUAAAUUUUCAGCUUGAAUAUCUUGUGUUUUAUAUUUAAUAAAGCUUGAAAUAUCACAAAUUUUGUUAUAGUUCUGAUUGGUAACAGCUUCCCCUUUAUGGCUAUCGGCCACUACAGAAAUUAACACUGAGGAAAAGAACAGGCCUGUUUGCUGCAUUGCAACCAGACUUGUCUCUUGAUGAUUGAGACGUACAUAGAAAGAGAAUUUGAUUUAGUCCUUUUGCGCAAUGGCUUCUAUAAGGGAUUAGACUGUUUGUGACACAGUGACACAUGCUAGUGUUUCUGCUGUCACUUCCAUGAUUAUCUCCUAUUUUUUUUUUAUAUAUAUAUCAAGCAUGCUCUAUUUGCCUUUUUAGCUACUGUGAUGCCAUUCGGAAGGUUAUCAGUGGAGAGUGAAGAUGUCAGAAAACAGACUGUUAACUGGAUGUCUUAUGUUCAGUAAGCUGGCCAGCAUUGUCUCCUAUUUAACCUCGCCUAAAUUACAUUAGUUACAAAAAAGGCCAGCUAGUGAGCUUUUUUCACAUAAACUACAAUCGGCGACAAAAUUGUUGAGUACUUAAAUAGGGUAAUUUCGGAGAACAAAAGAAUCCGCACCCCUCCCCUGUCCCCUCCAUUCAAAGUUGGGUUGUUUGUUGUUUUCUACAGGUAGCUAGAACAAGGGCACAACAUUGCACGGAGGGGAUGGGGGAGGAAAGCUAUAUUUCCUCCCUUUGAAGUUAAUAAAACGUAAAAAAGCCCAGUUUUGGGCGAAGUGUCUCAACUCAUUUUGUCGCCGAUUGUAGUCAUGUCAGUGGUGUCAGAAAUUUGACGAAGCAUGUUAUCCAGUGUUUAAAAUCAAAUGACUCUUGAAGAAAUUCAAGACUUAGCUUUCAAACUUUUUGGUAAUUUGUUUCUGAUAUUCAACCCUCCUUGUUUUGUGUUAUCCUUGUUUUCGAGGUCUCUCUUUUGGAUGUACCUCUACCCAUUAUACCAUAUCUAUUCCCCAGCAAAUACUCUCUACUGCUAUGUGUUGUACUUUUCUUGUGACCAGACAGUUCUACCUGCACGUCAAUUUUUGAGUCCCAAAGAGAGCUUUUAAUUCAGAGGGAAAAUGUCAGUAAUUCUCCAGUAAUAAUGAUGUAUGUUCAGUGACAGUAUGACCGAGCAGUUAGAACACUAAACUUGUAAUCCAGCCACAGGUUCAAACCCUGCCCUGACUGCUUGCUAUUGAAAGUUAUUGAAAGUAAUGGUAACUAGCACGGCUGUUUUUUUCUUAUCAUAAUGAUCAGAAGUCAGAUGAUCAACCAGGAAGAUUACACCAUGAUAGCAGAUUAUGACUGCAUGGGAAAAGACGAAAGGGGUAAAAUUCUGGAACAGAAGGGAGAUCAGGUAAUUCACUCAAAUCAUUAUUAUUUUAUAAGAUUAUUACAAAAAUUAUUAUUUCACUGUCAGAAGGAAAAUAUUGUAAUCAAUGUUACAUCAUGGUUCAAACCAGUUUUUUAAUUUGUGCUCCUUUCCCCCAGAUUUUGGUAGACAAAGAAAAAAUACAACUGGUUCAAAAAUUCACAACUUAAUAUUAUUGUCCAAUGAAAAAAUUUAGACCAUGACAUAAAGAAUAUAUGGGCAUGGUUGCUGAUGGAGACUUCAUCAGCUAUUUGAGGCAUAAUAAGAAUAACGCUACAGGAGAGUACUACUCAGUAACUUUUAUUUAAAUUCAUCCGUGGACUUUUUGUUAUAAAUUACCCUUUGUUGCGCAUGUACCACUGGAAACUGUCACUUGGUAGUUCAGGGUGUGCCAAAACCUAUGUCCGAUUGUCCGGGACAGGUAGAAAUACAGUUCGGACAAGUAAACCUUUGACAUAACUUAACCAUGGGACAAGCACAUUUUUUAUUAGAAAAAAUACAGAAGCAGAUGAAAGUUGACUUCAAAUUACAGUAGGAUUAAAAUAUCUUAUAGUCAUAAAAGCAAACCUCAUGCUUGUCAAAAUAAGGUUAAAUAUUCCUUUAAAACUUUGCCAUUCCACAGCCGUUUCAAUCAUUUGUUUUUUUACGAGCUCCAUUUGGCUUAGGAACCUGGCCUUAGUAACCAGGCCUGUUAACUUACCUGCAAAAAGGCUGAUUAUGUGGUAAAUAUAUGCCCGAUUGUUUCUGAGUUUUGAGCAAAACUUUUUGGACAAGAACCCUUGGGUUGCGGACAACCAGAUUUAAUAUAGUGCUUGUCCGAAGGACAAGUCAAUAAGAAAAUUUUUGGCGCACCCUGUAGUUCCUAUCCAAUUAACUUAAUUAAUAGUCAUACUGGAUUUUUGUCCAUAGAAGAGUGAAACAUACCUUGUAUAGCAAAGAACCAGAGUUAAGGUAAAUAUAAUUCUAAAGCACUAAUUUGAAUCAUAACAAAAUUAUUGUUUAUUUCUGCUUCAGUUUGCAAAGAGCUGUUUGUCACUGUUGGCUCGGCUUUCACGGGAUCAAACAAUCAGAUAUAUCCUUGUCUUGAUUGAUGAUGUGUUGACGGUGAGUAUGUGAAAAAAGUGUGAUGAAAAGGAGAGGAGUCCUCACUUAUUUGUUUUGUAGAUAAUAGACUAGAACUCAUGCAAUCAAUAGAUACUAAAAGGCCAUUUUCUUUCCUAGGAGGAGAAAAGCAGAGUUUCAAUCUUCCAUGAAUUUGGUAAAAGGUAAAUAUUAGAACUCUCUUAAAUUAACACUUUUCUAACACAAGGAUACAUGUAAUAAGUAUUCAUCUUCAUAUAAAACCAGAAUUUAAAAUAUAUAUGUUAAAAAUUCUGUGUUUUUUUUUUAAAUAAUUUAUAAAUAACAAUUUUUCCCCAUCAGGAAUAACAUCAGUGUCUGGGCUGCUCUCCUUAAACUUCUGAACAGACAGGAUCAGUUCAUUGUACAUCAGGUAAUUAAUAAUGACAAGAAUUAUUCCUAUUGUGGACACUGAAACCUUCACUAAUGUAGUGUCCCACACAGCCCUUCUAAUGGCAACCCUAUUCACAAACAGAAGUACAGUGUAUGAAAUCAUUGUUGUCCAUAAUUGAAACUUCUACAUGACAGCCACCUUUACCCGACAGCAAAAGACAGCAUCUCAUUGUUCCAAACUAAAAAUGUACUCGACAUAACCUCAAGACAGGGACAAAUGUGAUCGUGUUUCCAGGAUUCAUAGUGCAAUUCAUGUGUCACAACCACUACACUAUGCUUUUGUUGCUGCCUUCCUCCCCAUUCCUCCCUUGAUCUCUUGAGUUACAGUAAUUAGUCUUUACUGAUCUCUCGCUGUUUAUUGUGAGUGCUGAUGGUACCAACUGGAUCAGUUUAGGUUUCUGGGAAAGUCCCCACCUACAUGUACCCCUCCCCAAAGCCAACAUAAAGUGAGAAGUAAGUUAGUGUUAUUGUUAGCUUAGGGGCGGGUUAGGUGGGCAGUUUUCCAGAAAUCUAAAUUGAUAGAUCUCUGACUGUAAUUACUAUGGAUACUUAUCACUUGGCUUGUAUGCACAUGGCUCCACCAUCCUACAGGGAACUGGUCCAACCUUUAGUUAUUCAUAAUAAUUAUGGUUGUUGAUGAGUUUAACACUUAAAUGUGAUGUUGGAGAUGCUAAGAGAAACACUGGCUAUGUUUACCUUUAGUGGCAGUGCAAUCACAGGUCUAAGAGUACAUAGCAGAUAUAGAAGAUAAAAGUUUUUAGAUGUUUAGGGGAUCAUAUUACACUCAAUUUCAACCACUUGUAAUUCAGUUUUUGUCUUGACACUGACCACUGUAUAGUGAAAAUGUGGAUUUCCACUGUAGAACAAUCCUACCCUGGUGGUGUGACCAAAUUUUAUUCACAAUGAAAGUAAUUUUGUAAAUUAUUAAUUACAGACUGCCAUCAUUGUAGCAAAGUUGGCAUCUUGGGGAAAAGAUUCUUUACCUGACAAUGAUCUGAACUACUUUUUGUCUUGGGUGAAAGGAAGCCUGGCAAAUCCUGUAAGUAUUCCAUUGAUGUAUAUCAUGUGUUUAUUCAUCAUUUGACAACUAUUUCAUUUUUUAGCACAGAUGAAAUUUGGUUAGGUUUAACAAUGUGUUUCUCCAGAAAAUAUCCUUUGAUCCCCUCAGGGUUUUUUCUGACCCCCACCCCACCCAUUGUACGUGGAAGCUUCAAUUUUGCUUUUACAAUGCUUAAAUAAUUUCCUUUACAGGAAUUUCCAGUCCCUUCUGUGGUGAAUGGAUAUGUUACAGGUCAAAAUGAAUAUUCAGGUUAGGUUGAUUCUCAAUUUCGUUUGUCUCCUAGCCCUGAUUCAUGAAUAAUUUUUACGGCUGGGAGACAAGGGAAAUAGAGAAUCAACCUACAAUCGGCGACAAAAUUGUUGAGACAUUGUACAUAAAUAGGGCGACUUCGGAGAACAAAAGAAUCCGCACCCCUCCCCUGUCCCCUCCAUUCAAAGUUGGGGUGUUUGUUGUUUUCUAUAGGUAGCUAGAACAAGGGCCCAACAUUGUACGGAGGGGAUGGGGGAGGAAAGCUAUAUUUCCUCCUUUUGAAGUUCAUAAAACGUAAAAAAGCCUACUUUUGGGCGAAGUGUCUCAACUCAUUUUGUCGCCGAUUGUCUGAAUCGAAAUCUACGCGCUGUUGUCCUAUUAGCACCGGUUAGGAGAUGGUAACUAGUUGAGAUUACUAUAUUCACCGGGUCGUUUUUCAGAAGAUAGAUAAGAUACCCAUAUAAUCCCUUUCCUGUGUUUUUCGAGGGAAAAUUAGUUUUGACAAUCUUUGUACUUGUUAGUGAUUUCAAGUAAUUACGUAGCAUACCCACGUACCGAAUGAUUGAUUUUCCUCUGGUUUAACUAAGUGUGAUCGGUAGGAAUCAAUGGCAGAUAAUAUAUUGUAUUUGAAUAUAUCUCUAGUAAGUUCAAAGUGUUUAUUCGAAGUUUGGCUAUUUGAUAAGGGUGGGAUGGACGAUAAAAUAGCCAUGAUUGCUAUGCGCAGGAGAAUUUUCAGGAAAAAUGUUCCAACUUCUAAUGCACAGCAAAGCUGCAUAGCAUCGCUAAAUCUGUGCAGCAAAUUCGUUGCCCAUAUACCCAUGAGGGUCUUUGAAGAAUGUACUUUACAGUAGAAACUAUGAGGUCAGGAGGAGACUGGCCACGAGUAACCACGAGUAACCAACUUUGUUCUUAAAAGAUAAUUAGAUUAUUUUGUUUUUUUACUCAUCGUGGUUACUCGUGGUUACUCGUGGAAAUUCCUCCUAAAGAGCAAUUUUAGCCAUCAUAACUACUUUAAUGCCUUUAGUUUUCUAUCCUUUUCACUUUGUUCUUUGUUUCGAUGCGUUUCGAUAAAGGAGAGAAUAAGAAAUCGUGCCCGACGCGCCACAUCGCACGAUGUCAAGGCACGGUUAAGCGUGACACGAAAUGUCACGCACUGAAAAUAAGGAAAUCGCCUUAUUCUAAUUGUUCGAAAAUAGGUAUGAUGAAGUCAAACAUAACAAAUAAAAAGCCACCAGGGGUCUUACAUCCCAGCAUAAAAAAAUGAAUUCAAUUAACUUUCUAAAGGACGUACGGCCACUUUUGAGAUUCAGACAAUCGGCGACAAAAUUGUUGAGACAUUGUACAUAAAUAGGGCAACUUUGGAGAACAAAAGAAUCCGCACCCCUCCCCUGUCCCCUCCAUUCAAAGUUGGGGUGUUUGUUGUUUUCUAUAGGUAGCUAGAACAAGGGCCCAACAUUGUACGGAGGGGAUGGGGGAGGAAAGCUAUAUUUCCUCCUUUUGAAGUUCAUAAAACGUAAAAAAGCCUACUUUUGGGCGAAGUGUCUCAACUCAUUUUGUCGCCGAUUGUAGGUUAAAAAUUAUUAACCUGAAUUUAACUUUGACUUGUAACAGAUAUAUUCUGGAACUACACAAUACAGACUAGUUACCAGUGAAGAAGUGAAUCAAUUUAUUAUUUUUAUUCUAUUUUCUUAUUUUGUUUAAGAAGAAUGAUUACCAGCACAGUGUGGCACAGUGCCUUCAACUAAUGCUGCGGCUUCACUCCUACAGAGAAGCUUUCUUCAAACUGGAUGGUGUUCAAAGGUGUGUUUAUUUAACAGAUAAUUAUCUGUUUUUGGUGAAACUUAGAAGGACAUAUAUAUAUUGUGAAGAUGACUACCACACAAGUUGUCAAAUGGUCAGUCACUGUCAACAGCAACAGUCCUAUUCAGGACUACGUUCACCCGGACGAUGAAACUCAACCUACUUUUGAAAUAUAUAUUGUUGUUAUACAGCUGAAAUAUUAUUCUCCUCAGUAUACCUUACAAUCGCCUUUUUUACAAUUUCCCUUUUUCUGCUCGUUGUGACUAAUUAGUAGAUCAGAACUCAUGAUUGUUCUCUUUUGUUUUUUUAGUGUUGUGUCUGCGCUUCUGGCACCAAACGUUGGUUUCCAGCUUCAAUAUCAACUUAUUUUUGUGCUUUGGCUGUUGUCCUUUGAUCCAAGGAUUUCUGAGAGAAUGAUAGGGUAAAUGAGUCCAUCUAUAUGUAAAUGAUUGAAUUUACCAGCAAUACCAGUCAGGGUUUGGCAUUUUACAUGACCUGUCAUGUGUACCCUCAGGGGCGGAUCCAGGCGGAGUGGAUUGGUUGACUAGCCACCGCCCUUUAGAAACAUCCACCAAAAGAAUACAGUACGUGGAUAAAACAAACAGAAAUACCUUAGUCCCAAAAAAUAUAGAAAUACGUGGGUUCAAAAAACCUUUGAAGCCAACCAAGCCUUUGCUCCUUCUAAAUCGCCAUGUUUUGGGACAAACGUAGGACAACUUAAAAUAAAUUAACGUAUAGUUUGGUGGCGGAUUGGUAUCAGCCACUCCCCAUUAAAAAAUCCUGGAUCCGCCCCUGACCCUGAAAACUUUAAAACAUUGUAACUAUUUGCCUCUAGGAUUUUAUAAAAAAAAAAUGGUUACAGGCUUGCACUCCAAACCAUUCACAACCUUUGACACCCUAAAGUGCCUACAAAAAACAAAAACAAACAAGCCGAAAAGUCUUCCAGCUCUCAUUUUUCAUGUAAUAAAACGUUCUCCCUACAUCAACAGUAAUAAUGCAGGACAAAAAUUUAUCUUUUAACUCAGCAAUCGUAAUACCCACAGUUUCUUUAAAGUGGUUUAUUCUUGGUUUUGAUGUUAUCUUGUUCACACCAACAGCGAUGCUCCAUUACACAUUAUAUAAACCACACACAACCCACAAUGCCUUCAUUCGUUCCAACAAAGGGAUUGCGAUGGAAACGUUACAUGUAGCUUCUCAGUGUCUCUCGGGUGGCCAAUUUAUGCCAUCAACUCAAGUGUAAGAUGCCAAACUGUGACAAUUUUCGUUUUCUGUCUUCUUUUUCUUCACCUGCAGUGAAUAGUAUUUCACUGUAGUAGUUUUAUUUUCACCCUCUCCGUUUCGGAGAGUCGCGAGAAGUACACGAGAACUGCACGGGAAAGAAGACGCUAGUUCGAGUGGCGUUCUCUCGUGACACUCCUUUCGCUCGCUAUAAAUGGAGAGCUUGCUCGCAUGCUUCAAUAGUUACUAGUUGCUCGCAUGCGAGCAUGCGAACAUGCUUCGCAUAGUUCAAUGGGUAGAGCGUUGCGUCCAGUUGUUUUAAAGGUGAGGGUUCGACUCGCCGUCAAGCCUGAAUUUUUUCAGGUUCUUUUUCAACCACAUGAUUGGCUUAGGAUCAUAUUCACUAUCAUGUUCAAUCAAUUCAGUUGAUAGAAGUAAAGUAUUACGUUUGUCUUCUCCAACAGACGUUGUAAUUUUACUUACAAUAUCAUUUCUUUCCAAAUUUUUCAUUUUAAUGGUCCCCUGGCCAUUACAGGGAUUUAUCCUGGAGAUUCAGGACAAUGUCUCCAUAAUUGUCUGAUAUCAAAUGAACACUGAAUGACAAUGUUUCUGUAUUAAUAGGGGUAAUGCUGUGAUUCGUGUUCUGGCCGACAUUUUAAGGGAAUCAGGCAAAGAAAAAGUCACACGGAUCAUCAUUGCCACAUUAAGGGUAAGAAACAUUUUUAGAGUUUCAAGGCCAACAACCAGGAUACUCGCCCUUAAGUGUUUUAUCACUGUCUUAAACACGUACCUGAUACAUGCGAAUGUCAUGGCCAAUAUGUAAUUGCAAGAACGAACGGGUCUCCAGCAAAAACUCUAAAACCAUUCUCUAAACAGCUCUUGCUUUAUCAAACUACGCCUCGUGUUUUAAACUUGAUAAAACUCCUCUAAUCUGAGGCCUCGGAAGAUGCAAAAAUUAGCUUAGGCUUUACGUACCAUAUUCGGAAACGCUUCGGUUUCCGAAGAUGUGCCCUUUGGGUGACAAUCGUUCCUACCCAGGCAUCGACUAUAAGCGCCAUUAGAAGACGUGCUACGCGAAAAAAAUGAAAUUAAGCUCAAGCAUUACCCCUAAAUCUCCCUGUAGUAUCUAACACUGACAUGAUAAAAAACGGAGGUUUAUGAAAGCGGAAAGUUUUCUAAAACACGGCUCUUGAGGGUAAAGUCUUUUGAAGAUAGAGGACUAUCAUUUUUGUCCUCAAUGGGGGAAGUAGAUAAUUAAAUCCUCUCGUCCGUAUCCUGAGAUAAGUGUUUUUGCAUGGCGUAGUGUGGUCAGACGAAAACUGUGUGAAAAUCGUCGUUAGUGGAUUGGAUACGCUUUUAUCAUAAUUAUUAUUGUUAUUACUAUUGUUAUUAUUAUUAAUAGAGAACGAAGGUUUUCUAAAACAUAGUAACGUGGAAAGGGCUGUAAAAAAGUGUUUCUAUUUCAGAAUUUGUUGGAAAAACCAGAGGAGAAGAAGAAUGAAGCAUCCCUGUCCAUGAUUCAAUGCAAACUGCUUCCUGUGAGUAAACUCCUUCAUUUUUUCUUAUCGACCUGUACAAGGAAAAGACAAAUUGGCAACAACAACCUCGUUUUUCUGAGCCUAUAUGUAAUACUUAUAAAAAUAGCGUAAAAAUACAAGAAUUCAUGGGUGACAAUAGCUUUAAGUAUCGCAGAAAACUGGCUGGUUAUCUCCUUUGCUGACUAUCGUCAAAAGCCUGGUGAAAUACAUCGGUUGUCAGUAGUAUCUUUCGCAACCGCUCGGGCCGCUGUCACGCAAUGCUCCCCGGUGCCCGGCCUUAGCAACUGCGAAGGAGACUAAUUAGUUGUAGGAGGCAUCAGUUUUUCAGACCGUGCGUUCCUGUGAUGUACAGAACUUAUAUUCUUAGUAACGAGGAGAAAUCUGCCAAAGGUUAAAGACGGGUAACAUCGUGUACUUAAAUGGCACUCUAGUAUAUGCACUGAAAAAACUUUGUGCAUUAAUAUUUUAAUGGCAUCAGUCUCUUGUAAGACUGCUGGAGCCGCUGGUGGAUUAAUGCAAAUUGGAACUUUUUGUAACCCAUUUAAUGUGUUUACAAAGGAUUUUCUUUGAGACUGCGAUCCGUUUGGUCAGCACCAAGCCCCGCUAAGUAGGGGAAACAAAUGUUCUGGGAACCCUGGAAACGAGGUUGUGUUUGUGGGGCUGCUUACGGUCAAACAGCGCAUGCUCCUAACAAGCACGAGCCUGUGAGACGUAUGAGAACUUAUCUAAGUCCCUUGGGAGUUUAAGUCAAACUCUUUUGCUGAUGGAACACGCGACACCACAUCUUUCUUUUACAGGUUCUGUCAGUUUUGUAUAGUAAAACUUGGGCUGAUGAAGAUAUCAGGGUACGUAAAUAACUUUUCGCAUCAAUUUAGGUUUCUGGGUAAACUGCCCAGCAACCCCUCCCCUAAGCUAACAUUAACACUUACUUCUCACUUAGGGCAAAAUGAUGACUUACGGGAGGGGUAGGUGGGCAGUUUCCCAGAAACCUAAAUUUUCUAGUACCAUGAAUCUAGUCUAGCCUCAUAUGCGAACUUCAGAGGGGCAGGACCUAGCUGUCCCGGAAAUACAGAGGUGUCCGUAUAUAUUAGAGCUAGGAAUAUAUGAAUGAUGACAUUCUUGGGACCAAGAAAACUGUCAAGUUCCAGUGUACAGCCAAACCUCCAGUCUAUAAAGACUUCAAAGAAACAAAUCCAAGUGUCUUCAUUACAGAAGUGUCCGUAUUAUAGAGGAAGGGAUUUUAUGAGUGAAGUUUGGCAUCCUCGUCACCGAGUGAAUUGUCCGUAAUUAGCCCAGUUUUUUGUCUCAAAAAUUCCAUAGUGAUGAAGUAAGUAAAAAAAUCUAAACAGGAGCUUUUAUUAGUGUACGCAUCCGUGAUAGGUGUCCAUAUUGUUAACCGGUUAAGCCCCAAGACCCAUGUACAAAUUCUGCAGACUGAUCUCCAUACAUUUCAUUUAAAAGAAUUAGUCGGGAGAAUUUGAUAAAAGAUCAAAGAUUUUUCUCUUUGUGACCAUUUUAUUAAUUCUCAUAGACUUUGCUCUUGACAAUCUCUGGAUAUCGUUAGGAGAAAAUUGAUGUUGGUGCAGUCACUACUGGGACUUAAAGGGAACCUCCACUCUUACUACAGAAUAAGUUUAAAUCGAAUAAAAUUAUGUUGAUAAAAAAAUUUGUUCGAAAUUUGUCCUUAAAAAAGUGUUUAUAUCAGGAAAAGUGAAUUUUAAAAUCGCUUAUUUUCACUUUCACAUUUCGCGGGCGCCGCCAUCUUGAAUAAUUGAGACGUGUUACGGUUGCUCUAUUGCUCUGACACAAAGAGCUUUUGUUUAAUAACAAUAGGGCAACCAUAACACGUCACAAUUAUUCAAGAUGGCGACGCCCGCAAAAUUUGAAAACAAAAAUAGGCGAAUCUAAAAGUUAUUUCUUUCGGAUACAAACGCUUUCUUUAAAAAUAUUUUAGAUUGACUUGACUGUAACAGUUAUUUCCUGUGAUUUAAAGUUAUCUUUUUGUUGAAGUGGAGGUUCCCUUUAAAGGGUUAAAGGAGCUAUGUCACGAGGAUAUUGCUGUUUUAAGUCAAUUCUGUGCCAAAGUCAUCACUUAGUGCCUUUACCCACACAAAAAAAUGCUCCGUUUGAGAUAUGAAGUAGAUAUCAAACAAUUUUUUGGUGUUUUUUGCGGGCAUAGCAUCAAAACUUGGAAAAGUUGGCCCAACUUUUUCAUGUUUCAAUCCAUGUCCAUCCUUACCAUCCGUCGCAACAGAUGACGGGAAACAGUUUCAAUGCGUAAAUAUAAUCUUAAAUAACAAAACUGGACCAUUGUUUUUGAAAUUCAAUCGAUGCAAAGACAAGUUUUAGCAAUCAGCGUGACAAAGCCCCUUUGAGUUUUGAGUGUAGCUUCCACUAUAAUUCCUUUAUCCCAUGAAUCACUUCAGCUGGGAGGCCAAUAAGUGAGAAUUACGCGAAGAUAUAUAUCUAAAGAAAUUUCUGGUAGUGAGCCACAAAUGAACACAACUUUGAGCUGUCGUUCUUGUUUCAGGAUGAUGUUGAAGUAGUGUAUGAAAAGUUAAAUGAGCGUGUUCAAGAUCUGAGGUAAGAUGAGCUUAAGGCUUGAUCUUCACCAAUCGUGUUGUUCGAGGUCGCCGCUUGGGCGAAAGUGGUGAUGGUGUGGGGGGAGGGGGUAAGAUGCCCGUGAUCUCCCUUUUGUUAAGAAAAGAGUUGAUACGUUGUAAAAAAAAACGUGCCUUCGCGAUAAAAUUCGCUUUUAAUGAAAAUGUCCAGAAAAUCCUGGAAAUUCUGAUUCCAAAUUUUCAACAGCUGAGGUUAGGUGGGAGGAGGGAAGGUGAGCUCGCUUCAUAUCCCAGGAAGAUGCUGGGUUAGAUCCCCAAUGAAAAUCCUGCCCUCCCCUCUGCAUCGGAAAGGUCUGUUAUCUGACAAAAAACAAAGGUCGCUUACGUUUUCUAGAGCUGUAGCACACUGGACCCGAAAAUGAGUAGUCAGAGGUGUUCUUGACACACCAUUUCGAAUUUCAAUUUAUGUUAUCAUGCAUGCGGGUAACUUGUUUAUUAUUUGAAAGCACAUACAUAGUUUGGGUGAAAAUAAGCCUGAACUUUUUGCUGGCAUCUGGUGAAUAAUUUUCCAGGUUCGCAAUCAACUUGGUUUGACUGUUUGCUUUAAUCCAGCUAGUAAUGCAUAGUUUUUUUAAUGCAAGUAACUUAAUUCAGCACUCUUUGCUAUAAUUCCACAACCAAUUGUAUUCGUUAUUUUAUUUAUCCAUGCAAGUACCUUUGAUGAAUAUGCAGCCGAGGUGAGGUCAGGGAGACUGGAGUGGAGUCCUGUGCACAAGUCCGAGAAAUUCUGGGUAACUUCUGUAGAUAAACUUGUUUGUUGAGAAUUUUUAUUGAUUUCCUUGGAUUUCAUUUUAUCCCGGGACAAACCAACUCCAAUUUUUUGUGUUUGUAGAGGGAGAAUGCGCAACGCCUUAAUGAGAAGAAUUACGAAUUAUUGAAGUAAGUUCAUAGAUAUUUUAAAAAGUGCUACCCAUAUUUUGCAUUAAAUCGCAAGAACUCUCGAUUACUUUCCGAAGAAAUAUCCGGUAUAUGCUAAAAAUUGGCUUGUCGUCACAGAUAGCAGUGAGAACCGAAACGGUGAACGUCACGGCUCAACGUGUAGGAUGCGAUACUAAGUUAUCUUACCCGGGUUAUAACAUCACAGAAACUCUCACAAAGAGUUGCUCUAAUGUUGUAAUGUAUCACUAACCGCUUUACCCGUUAAUUAGCAUAUCCCGGAGAUUUAACCGAGGGUCCUUUUUGAUGCAAAUUCUAUCUUUUUGCUAAAUGUGCACGUGUAUAUGAAACUUGAAAACAAUGCCAGUGAAUAAUGAGGACGCUCGCUUGUGAACACAAAAUUUGGGGGAAAAAUUGGCUAUAUUUGAGGCCCUAUUUAAAAGCCUUCGCUGUUUUCAAUGUUCUUAAAACUUGCAGGGAAGAUUUCUUGACGAUUGAUCUCGGAAUUGUCGAAUUUCUAAAAAAAUUUAUCGAGCGGUUUUUGGAAAAAUGCGAAAUUUUUAGCAUGGAACAAAUUACCUCCAAAAACUGUAUCAAAAGCAUCUGAAUGCAAGUUAAUAAAAUCCUUCUUGCUCGCGAUCGCUCAGAGCAAUUCCCCUCUUUUUUUGUAUGCAGUUUUCAAUGGAAUCAAUCCACUAUGAGAUGAAGCCGCGUUCCCAAAGCUUAUCAUUUUCUUAAAAUAUUAGCGAAUUGUGCGGCUAGCAUGCUAUUUCACUGUUUUUAUGAUUCUUAAAACUGCAUUUCGAAAUAUUUCGAAAACGCUCUCAUAGAAUUUCUUCAAUCUUUGCCAUAAUGGAGGAAAUUAUGGCAGGUACAUACUCCCUUAAGUGAUUUCUUCAAAAAACUCCUGGUACAGAGAAACACAAAGAUAAAUGAAAAACGUAAUGGCGUCAUUACGUUGCAAUGGCGACUCCGAUUGCAAUAAAACCCAGAUCAUAAGAAAUUUUCAUCUUUAUAUAAUACAGUUGUGGUAACCUUUUUUCCAUAUCUUUACUCAUGCCGACGUAGUUAAGGCUGAAACUUGGGAGGUAUCCCCCUAAAAAAAUCCAGUCGAGCCACCUUAAAAAAAGACGGCCAUACACUCCUUGGUUUGUCUUCUAAAGUCUUUACUUUCGACCACUUGUUCACCUAUAUCAUUCAGACUUUAGUGAACAGUUUAACAAUUUCUUUGACUGAAUGGCCAGUGGACCAAGAAAAUAGAUGCUUCAGCUUUAGCACAAACAGUGUAGUUCUUUAUUUUCGUGACACAGUGGAGACAAUUGAAGAAAACGGAAAAAAGACGAAAAGGGAAAACCUACGAAAUGGGCAGGAAAAAUAUGGCGGGAAAAAACUCGCGUACGUGCACAUUUGGGGCAAAACUUCAGAAAUAUUAUAAUUUCGUCAAAUUUUGGUCUGAAAUUGCUUUGAACGGUUAUUUAGAUAAAUUUCUUACCUGUAUCAGUUUACAUUUGCCUAAAGAAGCAUUAAAUGCUUUGCGCAAAAUACAAUUUACAAUCGGAGCGAACUAUUGAAACACCCUGUAUAUGCUUGAAUUUAAUUUAAUUUUGUUUGUAAGUUCGAUGGACAUCAAUAAAGUCAAUAAACGUCUUGAAGCAAGUGUAGCAGUACAGACGUAGUGAAAUCUCUCUCCCCAUUCCUUCAUUAAAGAUUCGGUUCUCGGGCGUAGCCUGCCUAAGAUUACUUCGAAGUUGAAAACGGCACCCAAAUUCUUGGUUUGCAACCAUGUGACAAGGGGCCAUGCAGAAUUCGUUCUUGUCAACCAACAUUGCCGUCGGGACGCCCGCCCGCUGCAAACCACAAAUUUGAGCAUUGCUCGCGUUUUGUACGCGAAUUCCCUUGACAUUUUUUUGUGGUAACUUUCUAAGUUUAGCUGCUUUUUGAAAUUCCCGGAUACCAUUGUUCUUGUUCGUAGCAGUGUCACCCUGAUCUCCUUAGUUUCCUUCGUUUUUCUACGCUUGUAAUGAUUGCGUAAUGAAGCAGAUUCUAAUUGGUUUGCUGGUAAUUCUCUAGGAUGCUGACAAGGUUACUGGAGACGUCCGCUGAUCCAACCAUUUUGGCAGUAGCGGCUCAUGAUACUGGUGAAUAUGUGCGGCAUCACCCUCGAGGAAAACAGUAUGUUGUUUUCUUGUUCAGUGUUGUUUAGCUUCUUCCUAUCUAGCGAAUUUUCUACAAAUGAUUUGUGUUUUCAGUCUGAAUGUGUGUGUUCUUUAAUUCUAAGUGUGCUUGAGAAUCUUGGUUGUAAAGUCAAGGUGAUGAAAAUGAUGUCCCAUAACGAUCCUAGUGUUCGUAAAGAAGCUCUCCUGGCUGUGCAGAAACUCAUGGUUCACAACUGGUAAGGGUUAACAGGAUAUUUUCUACCGUUUUGAGAUAAAGUAACACCACUUGUUAUAUCGUUUCUGCAAAAGUUGGCGUGAUGUCCCAAACGAUUUUGCCGACAUAACGAUAUUUAGAUUUAGAUUUAGAAAGUAACAUGAUAAUUCAACCAAACAAUCAUAGAAAAACAACGAAAACUACAACUGAAACCAAUCGUAGCAUCGUGGAUUGUAAUCUUUGUGAAGAAGUGCGGGAAACUUGUUGCUCGACGUCAAGCAGGGCGGAAAACUGGAAACACGGCUGUCCAAGGCGAACAAGUGUUUGCACGAGCGGAAAAAGCCGCAAUCACUUCCAAGGACCGCAAGGAAGGCGAUUCAAAAAGUGCCAGUUCUCGAUAAUAGCAUACAAAAGUAAUUUAAUUCAGUGAAGAUAAGUUCAUCGCAGUUGAAAGCAACAUACUGCAAAUUAACCGGAAAAAAAUGGGGAGCUUCAAGGGCAUUCGAACCUAUGGCCUCUGCGUUAGCGCUAAUCUGCGAUCAGGCGUCCCUUCUUCCAUUUUUUCUCCUUGUCUGUCCAUCGAAUUUCGCGUUUCCCCGAAAAAAAAAGAAAAGAACGCCUGAUCGCAGGUUACGUUGGCGCUGCAGGGCUAGACUCAGACGAGAAAGUUUUUGACAUUUAGUAUUUCAGAUUUACAUACAUUGAUGGUAUGAUUAAUUGCUUGCCUUUUAGGGAAUAUCUUGGCAAACAGCUCAAAGCUACGUAAAUGAAAUAUUUAUCCAGAUGGUGCGGUGUAGUGAUUUUAAAUAAGAGAAUGUCUAUAAUUGAGCAUCUUGUACACGUCAUAUCCAUGGAAUUCGAUGCGUCACGAAACAAGGCCGACGAAAUGCGACCGACACUGACGUUAUGUAUCGAUGAAACCUCUGCAAGAUUACCCACCCACACUAAAACUGUCAUCAACCUGCAAUUCAAGCAUUUUAUCGCCCCAGAUUUGAUGUAAGCUGUUUGCGUCAGAGUUUACUCUAUGGGCUGAGAUGGGUUAGAAGGGCGAUUAAAUGUUUUCGGUUGAUUUAGCGGACGGUACAUUACCGUUUGAAAGUUGUUAAAAACUUUGUUCAUAUACGAAAUUAUAAUGCUAGUAAAUUGAGUGGACAAAUUAGAUAGGGUACUGUAAGUUAAAUGAGAUAACAAAUGGGAUUAUGUGACCCAGGUUUUUAUAGGCCACGGUUCCUGGUUUAUGAUGGCUUGUAAUUCUAUUUGACGUCUCUGCUGACAUUGCAUGGCGAUUUAUGUGAUAAAUAAUAUCUUCAUUGACAGAAGACGUUUGGAAUGAGAUAAUAAAAUAGACUUUUGUUGACCGCUAGACGUUCUCGAACAUAGCCUGAGUAUCAGGCGUUUCUGGGGGAAAAGGGAAAAGAUGGAAGCGAAAAAGGGAGAGAGCCGUUCCUUAUGCGGAAAAAUCUUGUGGAUUUUUUCCUCAGUAAACGUCAAAAGCCUCGAAUUUUAUGAAACUCUGUUAUGACCGGUUUUUUCCAUCUUAGCUGUCGAUGUUU